AUGGUGAUUGCCGGAGCGCCUGAGCCGUCGCCAGAGCGCGCUGCCGCCUGGUCGGCUGUCGUCGCCAAGCCUCCGUCGGGGCCCGAAAAGGCGACCAUGGCGACGAGACCCCCUGUACCGCCGGCUCCGCGGCCCGUGACAACAGACGCUGAAAGGACUCCUCCCCCCGGACCCGCGGAUCCCCUUGGCGUGGGCGGGGCAGGCCCGUCUGCCCCUGUCGCUGCCCCGCCUGCUCCGGCUGUUGCUCCUGUUCUCCCCACCCUCCAUGUUGCGCCGAUGGGCUCCGCUCCUACUGGGGAGGGUGCUGGUCAUCCUGUUCCUGUUCUUGGCGCCCCCGUUGCGCCGGCCGCUUCUGUCCCCGCGACCUCUGUCGCCAAAGGAGGCGUCCGCCACCACUGGCGGCCCGAUCCCGAUGGUUGCGCCCCCAACGGUGGACCCGACUGCACCUGCUGUGCCGCCGACGACCCUGGAGGCGCAGCCGUCUCGUCCCCCGUCGCCGGACCACCGCCAAUCUCGCCCCCAUUCUCCCGCGCCCUAGCAGGAGCGCGAGUCGUCGCGGCGCUGGCGCAACUCUCCCCGGCGCUACCAGCAACAGGCUCAUUGCCGCCAGUCCCGCCCGUGGCGGGAGUAGAGUUUGUGCCUGCGGGAGCAGGAGCGGCGACGGGGCAGUACCCUCCUCCCGUCGCGGGCGGCUUGGUCUCUCUUCCCGCCGCUGGCUCUCUUCCGUUUCUGGCGGAGGCACUUCAACCCCCGCAGGCCCGCGUUCCUGAGGCCGUUCUUGGCCAGUUGUUUCGUCUGGCUGAGAGCCUUCACGCCGUGCUGCUGAUUCAGGUGCUGGCACAUUCCUCGCUCCCCGCGAUUCCCCCUGACACUUUUGAGGAUCGGCCGCGUGAUGUGGGCCUGGACGCGGCCGACCAGCUCGCGCAGCUCCUGGCGCCCGUGUUGGCUGCGCCCUCGGAGGGUGGCGUUGCUGCUGCGGGACAGCUCGACAAUGCUGUCCGGGACUUGAGGCGACACUUGCGCUCAGGUUCUGGAGCCGCUGCGAUCGGCGCAAGCACGCUUGUGGUCCGGGAGCUGUGGCGCUCUCUGACGGGCGUUCUUCACGCCCUUGGAGCUCACCGCAUGUAG